CAGCGGACAGAGACUGAGUGAGUGAGAGAGAGGCAUCUCUGCUCAGGAUUCCACCUGGGGAGAGGGAUCAGAAGCUUUCACUUCGAACUGAACAGUUGGGUACAUGCGGAUAGCUUAUAAUGAAGUACAAUUUUGGGGUCCUGAAGUUAGAAGCAACAAUUGGAUACUUCUGUGAAGGAUUGCUUAUAAUGAAAAGUACUUUGGGGAAAGAGAAAACAAACAGGAUUCAUCAUCUUUGAGAAGUUUGUUUGAGCAGGUCUUGGAGGUGUCGUAGAGUAAAUAUCUGAUAGUGUGAUUAACUUCUGGUCAUGUUCUUUAAUCUUAUUCAUGACACUUAUGUGUCAGUGGUAGCAAUCAAGUUUUAAUAGCAUUUUGGUGACGAUGAAGACAAACCAUUGAAUCACUUUUACAGGAGGGGAGUUACUCUUCAGGAGACUGGGCCAGAGCAGAAUGACCUCUCACUUCCCUCCAGUUACCACUGUGGUGCUGCUGUGUCUCCUGCUACACUCCACCGAUGGGACAUGUCCCUCCAUCUGUCUCUGUACCUCGGACACACUGAGCUGUGGCUCCCAGGGCCUCACCAGACUUCCCCUCCUCCUGCAUCAUACCACUGCCACCCUGGACCUCAGCUACAACCGGCUGGGUUGGAUUGGCCCAGGCAGCUUCUCCAGCCUGCCCAGACUGGACACCCUCCGCCUGGCCAAUAAUCAGCUCUCCACCAUAGGCCAUGGGGUCUUCCACAAUGCCUCCAGCCUCCGCCACCUGGACCUGUCCUCCAACAGGCUGCAGGUGAUGGAGCAGCACUGCCUGCAGGGUCUGUGGAGGCUGGAGGAGCUGCUGCUCUACAACAACCGUAUCGCCCACGUGGAGGGUGGGAUGCUGAGCGGUCUGAGCAGCCUCAGGAAGGUUUACUUCAGCCUCAACCAAAUUACAGAAUUCCCUUUCUUUUCCAUACAGGACCACAGUCAUCCGUUUCUCACCAUGCUAGACCUAUCCUCCAACCGUCUGACCACACUACCCUGGGAGGAUGUGAAGGCACUACCGGGGUCAGUUCAGAAGGGACUGUACCUCCAUAACAACUCACUGGUGUGUGAGUGCUCCAUGUACAGUGUGUUCUGGCACUGGGAGCAGAGGGGUUUUGACUCAGUCCGGGAGUUUACAGAAGAGAACACCUGUCUGAUCUACGGCGAGCCCCGCUCCUCAGUACAGAUCCUCCAGCACUCCCGCUACUUCCAGAACUGUACGGUGGGGAAGGUGGUCUCACUGCCUGUGGCUGUUCUCAUCUCCAACCUCAUAGUGUACGAGGGGGAGAGGGUGCAACUGGACUGCCAAACCUCCCUUCGAGGUAAAGAGCUGUCAUACAUGUGGGUCUCACCAAAUCAGGAGCAUCUGACCUGGACAAGCUUCAAUGACACCCUCAUGAACGUGUUCCCUAAUGGGACUUUGGAGAUCCCAGCAGCCAGGGUGAAUGACACGGGAGUCUAUGUAUGCAUGACCCGGGACAACAAACACAUGCUGAACGCAACUAGGGAGGUGAAUGUCACCGUGGUCAGUGCCAUGCCUUACUCCUUCAGCACAGGCUACACCACCUUGCUGGGCUGUGUGGUCUCCCUGGUUGUCAUACUCAUGUACCUCUACCUGACACCCUGCCGGUGUGGGUGCUGUAAGCAGCCCCAGGCCAUCCCCAUCCCGGCCUACAACCCGGGCACCCUGGCCUCCAUCUUCUCCCCCACACUGAGCAACAAGCACGUGGUGUUCAUAGAGCCCAUGCUGGAGGAUCAGAACGGGGGCCUGAGGGUGGCUCUUGCCACGGAGCGGUCCACACUGCAGUGGGAGUGGGACACCAGCGGACUCACCUAGUUAAACUAUGAGAACCUGCCGCUGACAAAUAGCACUUUGACAAUUGAGCCCCUAACUGACAACAUACAUGUAACAGGUAGUUCUAAUGGAAGACUGUAAUUACAUCCUCGUUCCUCUCCUCUUUGUCUCGUGGAAGGCUUCAUCUAACCGGACUAUCCUUGGGAAUAAUCGCUGAGCCAUGAAGAGAGUGAAAGAGAGCUCCUCACAGGACUGUACAAGGGCUCUUACUAAUGUUCCUCCUGUUUCCUCUCCUCUUUGCCUCAUUAAAGAUCAGGCAUUGAGUUUUGCUGGAUUAGACAGUAUAAUAUUUCCCAUGCUAUUGGGAAGGGUUGGAGCAAAGUUGAUUGAAUUCAGCCAACAUUCCAGUGGCACACUAAAGAGUCUGGACUAUGAAGCUGUGGCACUGGAGCCAUUUUUAUCUGCUCUCAGUUAAUACAGUAAAUUCUCCUAUUCUCAGAAACAUGAACUCCCCUUCUGUGUGGACUCAUUCUACUCCCUUCACAAAUGUAAAAGCCUUACAUUGGUGUAAGGAUGGGCAGAUUGCAGACAGAUUUCCACUAACAUUAGUUUUUUCUCAAAUUUGUCAACAUUAGUUAAUUCAAUUCAUUUAAAAUCCAAAAAUGGGGGUGUUUGAGUGGACACGUGUGUGAAAGGGGUGGAACAGAAUUGAGCAACAGUGAAGAGGAUUCCUAUUGGGAGAUAUAUUUUGGACUUGGCCAACUUCCACGAAAGCUCAUAGAGCAAUAGAGUGUGUUUGGAAUUGAAAUGAUUUUCAUGGGAUUAUAGUUAAGUGUGAUUACAGGUAGAUGUCGAUGUAUCUAAAGCAAAUGGUAAAUGUUGAUGCUUCCCUGUGGCUCAGUUGGUAGAGCAUGGUGUGUGCAACACCAGGGUUGUGGGUUUGAUUCCCACGGGAGGCCAGUACAAAAAAAGAAAAAUGCAUGAAAUGUAUGUAUUCACUACUGUAAGUCGCUCUGGAUAAGAGUGUCUGCUAAAUGACUAAAAUGUAAAUGUAAGUGGUUUUAUAUCAAGGGAAAUUAAGUAGAUUACAGCUAGAAGAUAGUUGGAUAAAGUUCACUAUAUUUUGUUGUUUCAUUAACCUUAUUAAUUCUGUACAGUUAAUGUAACCACAUUGAUAUAAAUCAUUUAGGUACUCUAUACAAA